AAAAAAAUCUCAAAUGAGAUGCAUGUCUUGCUGGUUCCUUGGAAGAAAACUGCUGUCUGUCUGUCAGUCUGUCUGCAACUGGGCUGUAGGCCAGUCUGGGAGUACAGUUUUAAUACAGGGCGAGCAAAUCACGUGGUUCGGCAAAUGUUUCGCAAUUGGCUUCAACCUGCUGCGUCUUGUGACGGCGCAUGGUGGUAGGCCAUCGCCCCUGCUUUUAUACGGCCGCCAAGCUACUUGGCAAUUCUUGUCUGUUGUUCCUUACUCCGGAAAAUCCAGCUUGAUGCUCAGGUCACACCUCAAGAUGGUCAUCUUUGGACCCGGCGCUGCUUACGCCGCUUGCACCGCCGGCUGAGCCUGACCUGGAGUCGAAGAUGAACUGGGGGACCUUUUAUGCCGUGAUCAGCGGCGUAAACAGGCACUCUACCGGCAUUGGACGCAUUUGGCUCUCCGUCAUCUUCAUCUUCCGUAUCCUGGUCCUGGUGGUCGCCGCAGAGAGCGUUUGGGGGGAUGAGAAGUCCGGCUUCACCUGCAACACCCAGCAGCCCGGCUGCAACAGCGUUUGCUACGACCAGUUCUUCCCCAUCUCGCACAUCCGUCUGUGGGCGCUCCAGCUCAUCCUGGUCUCCACCCCCGCGCUGCUGGUGGCCAUGCAUGUCGCCCACCGACGGCACAUCGACAAGAAGAUCCUGAAGAGGUCGGGCCGCACCAGCCCCAAGGAGCUGGAACGCGUCAAGAACCAGAAGUUUCAGAUCACAGGAGCCUUGUGGUGGACAUACAUGAUCAGCAUCAUCUUCAGAAUCAUCUUCGAGGUGGCUUUUCUCUACAUCUUUUACUUGAUCUAUCCUGACUUUAAGAUGGUGCGUUUGGUGAAAUGUGACUCGUACCCUUGCCCCAACACCGUGGACUGUUUCGUGUCCAGACCCACAGAAAAGACCAUAUUCACUGUGUUCAUGCUGGCAGUGUCUGGGGUGUGUGUGCUGCUCAACCUGGCUGAGGUGGUGUACCUCAUCAGCAGGGCCUGCAAACGGUACUUUGGCGUCUCCGAAGAUGAGUCGAAAGUAGCUUGGAUAAGUCAAAAAUUGUCUACUUACAGGCAAAACGAAAUCAAUCAGCUGAUAGCAGAUCAUUCUCUCAAGUCUAAGUUCACUGUGACCAAAAAGAGCCCGACCGAGAGGGGUGAGAGGUGUUCUGCUUUCUGAGACUCCCUUCAAACUAAUCAACCGUAAUCACACCUGUCCGUGGAGCAUGUUCUGCAUUAAUGACACAUAUACUGUAUAUUUGAUUGUUGUCAACAUUUUGACCAUUUAUUUAUGUAUUAUUCAGUCAAAUGCUUAUUUAUUCUUGGGGUUUUUUUCUAUUUAUUUUAACUGACACGAACGUUAGCUGCUGUUCUUGUCUAAAGUAUACGGAGCCAGUAGUGAAGGUUCAAAGACUGCACCAGUGGUUUUACAUGUUUUAGCACAAUUACGACAAAUUCUACAAACGUUGUAGCGGUACCGCACGACUAAGCUUACCAUCAUUUGUUUGAUUGGUUUUUUUCUGCCUUUAAAGUUCCAUUCUUUCUUGCAUAGAGGAUUUUUUUCCACUGAGUGUUAGCCAAAGGAAACUUACCAGUGCCAAACUGACAAGAAUUGAUAGUUUAACCAAUUUUCUUAAAUUGGGAUUUCAUUUACUGAAGCAUAAUACACGCACAAAAAGACACGUUUGUGCAUCGAUGGCCAGUCAUAACAGGAAAAUACAUAGAUUUCUGUCAAAUACGGUAACACAGAUUCAUUGCCUUUGCCGUACACAUGCCGAUCAUUUUUAAUGUCAUGCGUAAUCAACUUCCAAAAGCCCAUUAUCAGCCAGGAAAAACCCUGCUGUACAUUAUGAGACACAAGCUGUUAAGGUGGGAUAAUUGCCUGAGUUAAACAAACCAUGAAUGUGAGCAUCAUAACUUUGUUUUUGUCAAGAGUUGCAUGAAAAUGCACUUCCAAGUGCGCAUUUGUUAAAAUCUUGCAGAUGUGGCAGGUUCGCGUGCCUAAAAGACCCAAAUUACUGCCAAAAUACUCGUAUUUAUGAGCCGCGAAUAUGUGGAAAUCAAAUCCAGAACACAAAUAUCAAGCAUUUAAAAGAUGUUGUUAGCAAUAUAAAGGUUGCUGUUUGGAAACCGACUCUGGCUUUGGUUAGCAGCUUCUCUUCAGAACAUUAAUCCACCCUGUAGCAGGUUUUUCACACCCAUUCACUUUUUUUUUUUUGGUUGCCUGCUUUGACAACAGAAAUUUAGCUUUGACAACAGAAAAGAUGAAUGAAUAACUCUAAGGAGGUUACACAAAGGCUUCAUGAAUAGAUCUUCAUACCAUACGGAAAUGAAAGGAAGUGGACGGCUCAGAAAUGUCCAAUAAUACUUUUUGAAACGUGUUAACAGGAACAUUCAGUCUAAUUGAUGUCUAGCAAUAAAACAUUUGCCAAAAUGUGUAAAAACACCAGUUUUGGGCCUUUAGGAAAAGCCGACAUCACUGAAGCAAUUAAAAUGCUGGAUAAGAAAGUCAACUUGUUCAUUUAGAUCAAAGGUAAUACUACUGUGUGUCACAUUUAAUGCAGUCUGGUUCAAAGCUAGUACAAGUAUGGAACAGAGAGAGAGGCAUUUAUUGAAGUAGGUGCUUAAAGCCAACAACCCUGUGGCACUUAGAUUUUAUUGACCUCUCAUUGAAUAUGCUAAACUUUGCUAUAAUUGUUCUGUAACUUGGUAUAUUGCUCUGAAUAUAUUGUAACAACUGGUGCUAGAAAACCAAAGAAGUGUAAAGAUACCGUCCAGCCGUGACUGUAAAAAGAACCCCCUCCGACAAACACGUAACUACUUAUCUAAUUAUAACAGUGUUAGUCUGAAAGAAGUAUUUUAAACUCCUUACUGUCAGUAAACUUCCAUCUUGGAUUCUUUCCAGGUCAAAACUGCUCAAGUGAUGAAAUGGCAAAAAAUUGCAACAACACUUCCAUUGUUCUUCUUCUGUCUUCACUCGUCUGCUGGGUCACCUUUGAGGAUUUUUUUUGUUGUUGUUGCAAAUCCCAGUACUGUACAUACGUCUUUGGAUUUGUGUAUCUUUGUAUUCAUUUGUGAAUACUCACUUCACUGCAGCUUCUGUCUUGAAGUUUUCUUCCAGUUGAAGUCGACCUACUUUGUUUUAACCCGUCGCUGUCACCUGCUUCCCUUAAUAUUAGACUGCAUAUUAUAUGAUCCAGUAUCUCUCUGCUCCUGAAAGUUUAAUGCCCCCGUGCACCGGUGUCUGUUUUGUCGGUUAACCUGCUUUGUUUUUUUCAGCGUGUUUUAAUGCGUACGGAAACCCUUCUGUUGGCGUGUAUGUCCAUUUACAUCCAGGUAAACAAUCCAGACGAAAUAUUUAAUGGGUUGGAACUAUAUACUGUGUACAUUAUGUCAUAUAAAGAAAUAAACUGCCUGAAAAGUUGA